ACUUUCACAACUUGCUAUUAUAUUUUCAAAAUAAUUAAUAAUGUCACCAUUUCUAGCAAAGCUAAUUUUGCUCAUCUUUGGGCUCAGCUGCGUUUUGCUGUUUUUCCACAUCAUGGGCGACAUUCAAACGUUGCAAGCUGAGUGGCAGCAGCCCAAGCAGCGACCGCAGCGCGGCUAUGUUAGACAGCAUGGCGACUAUAUGGUGUGGCAUGAGUAUUUGCGAGCUGAGCAAAUCUAUGAAAGCAACCAGAGCUUGACACUGACCACACAUGCCACCUACAUGGACCUGGGACUGUUGCCCACAAUGCUGAGCAGAUGGCAAGCGCCCAUUAGCCUCACUAUCUAUGCCAGCGGCUCGGACUUUUACAAGGCCAUCGAAUCCUUUUGGUACAUACACGACUGUCUGCAAAUGCGUCGGCUUCUGCGUCACUUUGUUAGCAUCCAUUUGGUCUGGCAUAGGCAACAUUAUCCGCCGGGUUUGCAUCUCUUCGAUCUUAGCCGCGCGCCGCCAGCAAGUCUUAAAUGCCAUCAACCCGCACCUUAUGCGAAAGCGCGUCAGGAUGUCACCUAUUGGCAUCUGCAUAAGCUCAAGUAUCCGGUGAAUCUGCUGCGUAAUGUGGCACGCCUCAAUGCCUACACUUACUACAUCAUGGCGCUGGACAUGCAGCUGCUGCCCCCAAGCAAUUUCGCCAAAAAGUUUAUACAUUUCGCCUGGGUGCGCUACUGGAAUCAUCCGGACAUAGCCAAGCCGUUUGCCAGUAUCUACUGCUUGCCCACCUUUCCACACACGCCCCAAGCGCCGCUGGCCUACAACAAGCAGCAAUUGGUUAAAGUUUUAAGAGAUUACAACAUAACCAAGCCAAUUUACAACAACAAUUAUUUGUGGCAAAGGAAUUGGCUAUCAUCUGUAAAAGAUCAAGAGCAUCUGUAUAUCUAUGAUCGUGCCACACACGGCAUUUGCGUGGGCUACAUCAGCAUCAAUGAGCUGGAGCCGCUCUACGAUGAGCAAUAUGAAAUGGAAUCCAUCUACCAGGCAAACAAUAAUUUGCAGUGCCUGCUGCUUUCGCAUCUCGGCUACUCGUUUAUUAUAAUGGAUAAUGUUUUUCUUAUACGUCGCACUGAGGAUAGCUGGCAGUCAAUUCGCUAUAAUAAAACUUUGCGCUUUGCGAGGCUGCAUAGAUUAAAUAAAUUAAAGAAAUUGUACAACAAUUUGGUGUCGCUGCCAGGCGUUAACAAUAAUUUGGAGUGGCUUAUAAAUAUGGCAAAAAAAGAUUAGAAAAUAU